AAUAAAAAGAAAAAAAAAUAAAGAUAAUGAAGUUAUUAUCGUUGAUAAUAAAAUGAUGAUUUUGAAAGGUAAUCAUCCUUGGAAAUGUACUUUUGAAGGAUGUGAUAAAAAAUUCAAAUUUCGUUGUAGACUUAAAAGACAUGAGAUAACACAUUCUGAGGAGAGAUUUUUUAAAUGUCCUGAAUUAGGAUGUGGGAAAUCAUAUAGACGUAUAGAUCAUUUACGUAUGCAUUCUAUAAUACAUAGCGAAGAUACUAAACCUUUUAAAUGUCCAAUGGAAGGGUGUGAAUCAAAAUUUUCACAUAAACAUCAUCUAUCGAGACAUAAAAAAGAACAACAUGAUAUUGAAAAACGUUUCAAGUGUAAUAUACAAGAUUGUAAUCAAUCUUUUACGCAAGAUUAUUUGUUAAGAAAUCAUAAAACUAUACAUACAGGGGAAAAGUCUUACCCUUGUGAGCAUCCAGGAUGCACGAAAAGUUUUUCUUCUUCCGCAAAAUUAAGAGAUCAUGGGCAGGUACAUUCCGAACAAAAACGUUGGCGAUGUGCAUUUCAAGGAUGUACACAAGAUUUUCAAAAAUAUCAUCAACUAUGUAAACAUUUACGUCAGGAUCAUAAACCUACGUGUGAAAUGUGUAGUCAAAAAGUAAAAGAUUUUAAACAAUUAAGACUUCACAUGAAAACCCAUGAUCCUAAUCGUUUAUUAUUUCCUUGUAGUUGGGAAGGUUGUGAUAAAUAUUAUUCCAGCAUUAAAUCACUUAAUGUUCACACCAAAGCAACACAUAAAAAUAUUCGUCCUUUCGUUUGUGUGGUUCCCGGCUGUGAGAUGACUUUUGCCUAUAAAAAUGUUUUAACAAAUCAUAUUAAAGUUAUUCAUGAGCAAACUUAUCCUCGUAAAGUUCAUAAAUUGAAUAACGAAAUUAAAUUAAACAAACAAAUUACUGAUAUAGAACAUCUUACAGGUUAUGAUUAUGAGAGAGGUAGAAACAUAAAAUGUACAAUUGAAGAUUGUAAGUAUUUAUUUAAAAGGAAUUAUGAUCUUGAAAGGCAUUUGAAAAGCUUUCAUAAAGAUUUAUUUGAGAAUCAAGAAACUGAAGAGGCAUUAUGACAUAAUAAACAUUACAAUGUAUGACAUAAUAAGACAUAAUACAGUAAAAAUAAUAACGACGAUCAUGGUAUUAUAUCGGACAUGUAAAUCAAUAUGUCUGAUAUGAUUCCAUGAUCGUCGUUUCCUUAAAUUUUGAGCAUAUGACAUUAAGCAACGGAUUUUUUUUAUUUAUUUUUUUAUGAGUAAAUGUUUAAAGGUAAUGCACAUAUAUUUGUAUCAUUUGCAUUAAAAGUAAAAUAAUAAAUUUUCUAUAUUGAAAAAAAAAUCUUGUG